ACUACAAUAUCCACUAUUAUUCAUCACUUUUCUUAAAAUCCGCAUUGCCUAUAAUGUGAAAACGAUAUCGCGGACGGAUGGAGUAAUUACAAUUGUACAAUUUCAAACUAAAAUCAUACUACUACAAUAUACAUAUGCAUUAUUAAAUAAUGCUAACAUUUUAAGUAAUAAAUGCAUUGCCGCCUCGUUGCGGGUAAGUAUGAGGCCAAAUUUUCGAGAGCCUUCUUUUUCUUUUCUAGAUAUAGCUUUUCUAAACUAUUCCAGAAUUUCCUCAACUCUCUAUACUUAUCCACGCAAUAUUAUUUAAAAUCAAACAAAUCGAAAAUCUCCACUUAUAACUAAUUCCCCCUUCAAAAACACCGAUCAAACUCGAAUUGCAGAAUUUCAGAUCCAAAAUCAUCACAAAAAUGUCGUUGAUUCCAAGCUUUCUCGGGCGACGAGGCAGCGCCUUCGAUCCAUUCUCCGUCGACUUGUGGGAUCCAUUCCGCGACAUGCGCGUCGGAUCCGGCGACGAGACGUCGCAGUUCGCGGCGACGCGCGUGGACUGGAAGGAGACGGCGGAGGCGCACGUGUUCAAGGCGGACGUGCCCGGCCUGAAGAAGGAGGAGGUGAAGGUGGAGGUGGAGGAAGGGAACGUGCUGCAGAUAAGCGGCGAGCGCAGCCGCGACAAGGAGGAGAAGAGCGACACGUGGCACCGCGUCGAGCGGAGCUCCGGCCAGUUCCUCCGCCGCUUCCGCCUGCCGGAGAACGCCAAGGUCGAUCAGGUGAAGGCGAGUAUGGAGAACGGGGUGCUCACCGUCACGGUGCCCAAGGCGGAGGUGAAGAAACCGGAGGCGAAGGCAAUUGAGAUUUCCGGCUGAGACGGCGGCGCCGGCGGCGGAGCCUUUCUGUUUAUGAUUGUGAUUAAAUAAUGUGUGUAAUUAAAUGAUGUGUGUGAUUAAAUAAUGUGGGAAUUAUAAAUUUCAACAGUGCAUUCUCA